GCCGGAAGUAGUGAUUGCUAGCGGGGGGGAUACCUUCGCUCAGCAUGGCGGCGAUUCCCCCAGACACCUGGCAGCCGCCCAACGUCUACCUGGAGACUAGCAUGGGAGUCAUUGUCCUGGAGCUAUACUGGAAGCAUGCGCCCAAGACCUGCAAGAACUUCGCGGAGCUGGCUCGGCGGGGCUACUACAAUGGCACCAAGUUCCACAGGAUCAUCAAGGACUUCAUGAUCCAAGGCGGCGACCCGACAGGCACAGGUCGAGGUGGCGCAUCUAUUUAUGGCAAACAGUUUGAAGAUGAGCUUCAUCCAGACCUGAAGUUCACUGGGGCUGGGAUUCUCGCCAUGGCCAACGCAGGACCAGACACCAAUGGCAGCCAGUUCUUUGUGACCCUGGCCCCCACGCAAUGGCUGGACGGCAAGCAUACUAUUUUUGGCCGAGUGUGCCAGGGUAUAGGGAUGGUGAAUCGAGUGGGCAUGGUGGAAACAAACUCCCAGGACCGUCCUGUGGACGACGUGAAGAUUCUUAAGGCGUACCCCUCUGGAUAGGUGGGAUGCUGUCCCCAGCACUCCCAGGCCCCCGGGAGCUGGUUUCCGGAUGACGUAGGGUGCUGUGUGAUUCUGCGUCAUGCAUACCUACUCCGAAGCAGAGGGGUCGUCUCUGGGGACGUUUGUAUUCUGGCCGACAGUCACAGACUUGAAAAGCGGGCCGCGUUGAUGAGCGCACUAGCUGCGCACCCCCUGUUCACAGCCCCGUUCAGCCUCCAGCGUGAGUUCUUCCAGGAAUAUGCACAGCUCACUCGCUCUUCCCUCUGAGCCUGAGCAUCAAUACUGCUGCUUCUGACACUACACAUCCCACGCAAAGCCAUAUUGAAUUGUUGCCAAAUGAAAAAUGCAUCCAACAGUCAAGUGCUGAGAAGGUGUCAAGUGGGGAUGAUAAUGUGUAAUGAUUGGGCAAUGAAUCUCUGAGAGGAAGCAGGAAGGAGCCUUGGCCAUUUUUCCCCGGGGAGGGAUGGGAGUCUAGUGAGCACAAGGCCGUCACAGGCUUCCCACAGGAAGUGACAUGCUUUAGGGCUUUAGAGAAAAUAGGUAAGAGGUUUUUGUGCAUGAUGUCCUUGGUUUUUUUUUUACUAUUUGGAUUUCAAGGGAGUGGGGCAAGAAGGGUGUUAAUACCUAUGUAAUACAUAGAAACUUACAGAAUAAACCACCAUGGUGGUUG